CUCCUCCUCCUCUUCUCUCUUGUGAUAGCGACAGCAGCAGCAGCAGCAGCAGCGACAGCGACAGCCCUUCCCUGUCCAAGCCACCGUUGACUGUGAUCUGGAAUAUCCCCUCCCUUCUCUUUCUUACCCCCCUCGUUCACCUCUGCCCUGCGCCACGUCCCUCCGAUGCAGUCUCCUUCUAGACCGGCCGCGAGCCGAGGACCACCGAUGAUCCCUCCCGGCAUGCCAGUCAAGUCUGGUCAUUUAGAUACUUUCAAGUCUCAAUUGUCAUCUAGGUCAUUAUUAGCAUCAGAUUCACCAGGUGACUUGGGAGGCAAGAACCGACCACAUCUGCCUACCCGUCAACCAUCCAGUGCAUCUACGCAUAGCUUGACCAAUCAAAUAUCACCUGGAUCUAAACAACAACCACCACAACAACAACUACUUCAGUCACAUCCGCCGAUCCCUGAGAACGAGUCCCCCGAUUCAUCUUAUGACUCCAGCGUUGAGAGCGAUAGCAUCGGUUCCUCGACAUUGAACGUUCACGCCAGUAUGAGGAGUUUGGGAAGUGGAACGUCAAGGAGUGCAGAGGGUGCAAGAUCACCCGUAGAACCAGACUUGGUGACGCCAAAGGAGCAAUAUAUCCCGCAUGUUGGGAUACAUGACGAUGUCGAGUCGCAGUUCGAGCAUCUCUUGGAUUCACUCCAGGUGCCCUCCUCUGUCCGGAUCAAAUUCUCAGCGGUCUCUCAGGACGUGAAAAAUUCCAUUCUCAGCUCCACGCUAUCCUCCAACCCUGCCAUCCUCGCUUCCCUAGGUCUGUCCGCUCCCCUAUCUGUGGCUCCACAGAAGACGCCGAAAGCCAAACGACGCCUGUCUGCAGGAUUGAGGCGUACCAAGUCCUCGUCAAACCUUGAGAGUCCAGGUCAAGAUCCUCAAAUCGGAAAAACCUAUGCUGUGGAUGGAGACGCAUUUGUCAUUGUCGCAUCCCCAAGUUCAACUAGAAAGCCUCCACCACCCAGUCGUAAAGGCUCUUCAGAGUCAACGAGACCCCCGCAUCACUCCCGUCGCAACACUGCGCCUCGUCCGCUGUCUUUGGCCAUCUUCGGGCCAUCAGCCUCAUCCAAUAGCGUUCCUUCGGUCGGCAAGAAUGGAGGAAAAGGGCUGGGUAUCGCCAUGGGCGAAGGAUCGGAAAAUUUCAUCUCUUGGUUGCAGGCGUACAAAGCUACAGACUUGAAUAUGGAUGUGGCAAGGUGUAAAAAGCUGAGGAUGUUGUUGAGACACGAAAGUACGACUUGGGUCGGAUCGUUCAUCGACCAAGGAGGAUAUGAUCUGAUACUGGCAAGAUUGCAAGAUCUGCUGGACGUGGAGUGGAGGGAAGAGCAGCAUGACGAUCAGAUGUUAUACGAGAUACUGCGCUGUAUCAAGGCGCUAUCGACAUCAGAUGUCGGCAAAGCAGCCAUUCGUAGAUCGUACCCAAAACCAUUUCCUGCAUUGUCUGCUCUGAUAUUUUCGGAGAAGAAACCAGGGGAUAUCGCAACCCGUCAGAUCAUCAUCGAGCUCUGGCUAUUCCUAUACGACCUCUAUCCGAACUGCCGCAAUGUCAAUGGUCGGCCAAGUCCGACCAGAUUCGACAAUCCAUCUGGGCCAUCCGUCGACGUUUCAGCUGCAAUCCGUGGUCUCUUGCUACCCGAUUCCGCGGACAAAACCAAGGAUCAUCAUUCGUUCAUCACACAAGCGCAUCGCCCAAGGAUCUUCAAAGCUUGGGUUCAAGAACUCAGUGAUAUUUGUCGGGACUACUUCUGGAUAAUGUGUCAUGGCAACAACACGCUGUGGGCUCUGGAAGAAGUCGACGAAUCCUUGGUCGAGAAGCCAGUAGCUCCUGGAGGGGCGACCGGAGGAGUCGAGUUCGAGGCUGUCAACUAUGUCAUUGUACACUUCCGCCUGUUGAACCGUUUUUGUUCACAAAUGGCUCGAGAAGACCCUGAAAAGGCAACUCAUCUGCAUGGCGAGCUACUGAUGUCUGGUCUUGAUCGUAUCCUGGUGACAAUGCGCAAGGCGUCCACGACAUAUUACCCCACACUGCACCUAGAACUCUCUCGCUAUGUGGCUCACCUUCGAGCAGCCUCUCCAACCGGUAGAUUACCUCACCUUAUUGAUAAAUUGGUCGGACCUCCACCGGAAGAACUGAGACGUCGUCGGUCCAUUGCAGACUGGCACGCCCAAGUAUCGCAAGCGACAGCCUCGUCGUCGCAGCAACAGUCCAGACAGGUGCCUCUUCAGAGCAACAGAGGGGCAUAUGUCCACGCGAGAUAGAUAGCGGUGUACUCGAGGUGAAGAUUAUUUGUACAUACACAGGGCUCCCAGAGUAGAUUCUAGAAGCGCUUUUGGAUCAAGAUUAAUGACAUACUCUGUUGUGCAUGUCGGCUAUAGGCUGUCUGAGACGUUCUCAGUUAUUUAC